AGUUCUUGGUUCAAACUCAAAAGCCACUCCUCCUUCCCUUCCUUUUUCUCACUGCAAAAGGAAGCCUACCCCCUACUCUCUCUCUCUCUCUCUCUCUACAAUCUACAAUUCCGCCAUGAAAACAGAGAUAGAAAGCCUAUGGUUAUUUGCCCUGGCCUCCAAAUGCAGAGCUUUCUCUUUCGAAAGCAUUGCAUGCACGCUUCUCAUCGUCUCCCUCACAUGGCUUCUCACCUCUCUAAUUUACUGGUGUCACCCGGGCGGCCCAGCAUGGGGCCGCAACAUCAAAACAAUCGGCCCCUUCUCGAAAAAGAACACCAUUCCGGGGCCCAGAGGUCUGCCUCUCAUAGGCAGCAUGUCCCUCAUGACCUCCCUGGCCCACCGCAAAAUCGCCUCCGCCGCCCUAUCCCUCAACGCCGCGCGCCUCAUGGCCUUCAGCCUCGGCCAAACUAGAGUCGUGGUCACGUGCCACCCCGACGUCGCCAGAGAAAUCCUCAACAGCUCCGUCUUCGCCGACCGCCCCGUCAAGGAAUCCGCCUACUCCCUUAUGUUCAACCGGGCCAUCGGGUUCGCCCCCUACGGCGUCUACUGGAGGACCCUCAGGCGUAUCUCCGCCACCCACCUCUUCUCCCCCAAGCAAAUUAAGGCCUCCGAGGCCCAGAGGAGGGACAUAGCUUCUCAAAUGGCGGCAAUGUUCGGAACCCACAAGGAGAAACUGGCGGUUCGUGACGUGAUCAAGCGGGCGUCGCUGAACAACAUGAUGUGCUCUGUUUUUGGCAGGAAGUACGAGCUCGAAUUCGGCUCCGUGGACAAUGAGGUCGAGGAGCUCAAGGGGUUGGUCGACGAAGGCUACGAUUUGUUGGGUAUGUUAAAUUGGUCCGAUCAUCUUCCCUGGUUGGCCGGUUUUGAUGCCCAGAAAAUCCGGUUUAGAUGCUCCAAUCUCGUCCCCAAGGUGAACCGGUUCGUCUCCAAAAUCAUUUCCGAGCACCGAACCGGUCUCAAAUCCGAAAAAGACGAAAAGGCCCCUGACUUUGUCGACGUCCUGCUUUCCCUCCAAGGACCUGAUAAGUUGUCCGACUCCGAUAUGAUCGCCGUUCUUUGGGAAAUGAUAUUUAGAGGGACGGACACGGUGGCGGUUCUGAUCGAGUGGAUUCUGGCGAGGAUGGUUCUGCAUCCCCAAGUCCAAUCGACGGUCCACGACGAGCUAGACAAAGUUGUUGGCAGGUCACGAGCCGUCGAUGAGACAGAUAUCUCCCAGCUGGUGUAUCUGACGGCUGUGGUGAAAGAGGUCUUGAGGAUGCACCCACCGGGCCCACUUUUAUCUUGGGCCCGCCUGGCGAUCACAGAAACAACGAUAGAUGGGUAUCAUGUGCCCGCGGGGACCACAGCCAUGGUGAAUAUGUGGGCCAUUUCGCGGGACCCGGAAGUCUGGGCGGACCCACUGGAGUUUGACCCCGAGAGGUUUGUAGCCCGGGAAGGAGAGCAGGAGUUUUCCGUUUUCGGCUCGGAUCUUAGGCUUGCACCGUUUGGGUCGGGUAGGCGGACUUGCCCGGGAAAGGCUCUGGGAUUGACGACGGCGACGUUUUGGAUAGCUUCGCUGUUACACGAGUACGAAUGGCAAUCGUUGGAUGGGAAUACCGUGGACUUAUCGGAGGUGCUGAAGCUGUCGUGUGAGAUGGCGAACCCUCUGGUUGCCAAAGUGCGCCCCAGGUUAAACCUAGCUCACUGAAGCUUUUAGUAGUAGUAGUAAAAGAAGAAGAAAGUAAAAGUGAAAGAGGUUUGUGCAGGGGGUUAAUGAUUCAAGGGGCAUAUACCCUUUACUUGUUUGGAUAUGUUGUCUAGGUCUAUCACUAUCUUGGAUGCCAAGGUAGGUUAAAUCUUAAUUUAUGUAAGUAAUGGUGAAAAUCAAUACAAGUUUGAGUUUCCUAAA